AUGUCGGGGAGCACGAUCAGCGGCGGCGCGGCAAGGGCGGCCGCGGUCGUGUGUUGGUCGCAGCGCCACCAGCGAUUGCCUCCGCAGGCGGAGCUCCUGCCGCGCAUCCUCACCAGCCGAGCGCUGGAAUUCGCCCACAAGAUCGCCGCCGCCGCCACCGCCCCGGUCCUGCUAGCUGACCUGGUCUGCUCCGCCGGCCCGACCUCCCUACCUGACCUCUGCGACGACUUGAUUGGUAAAUAGUACGGAUCUCGCAGGAUGGUGGUAGAUUCGUUGUGCGUUCUGCUCUAGCUAGGCUAGUAGUCCCCUGGUUUUUACCUAUCCUAAAUGCUGAUGUAUGUCAAGUCGUCAGCGGGAUGUCCGGUUAUGCUCAUGGAUUUCAUCCAAUGUAUUGUUCCAACUCAUGUUUAUUGAGUGAUUUCUCCGUGGAUCUGUGGCACGCCUGAUUCCAUCUCUCUCUAUAUGUACACUUUGUUGGGGGAUAAGAAAGCUGCUUACUUCUCA